UGCUGCCAGCCCACCUGCUGCCGCCCCACCUGCUGCCGCCCCAGCUGCUGUGUGUCCAGCUGUUGCAGACCCAGCUGCUGUCAGUCUGUGUGCUGCCAGCCCACCUGCUGCCAGCCCACCUGCUGCCGCCCCACCUGCUGCCGCCCUAGUUGCUGUGUGUCCAGCUGCUGCAGACCCAGCUGCUGUCAGUCUGUGUGCUGCCAGCCCACCUGCUGCCGUCCUAGCUGCUGCCGCCCCAGCUGCUGCCGCCCCAGCUGCUGUGUGUCCAGCUGUUGCAGACCCAGCUGCUGUCAGUCUGUGUGCUGCCAGCCCACCUGCUGUCGCCCCAGCUGCUGCAGGCCUUCCUGCUGUCAGCCCAGCUGCUGCCACCCCUGCUGCUGCCUGCGUCCAGUCUGUGGUCAGGUCUGCUGCCACAGCACUUGCUACCGCCCCACCUGUGUCAUCUCCACCUGCCCCCCCCUCUGCUGCCCGACCACCUGCUGCAGGACCACCUGCUGCCGCCCCAGCUGCUGUGUGUCCAGCUGCUGCAGACCCAGCUGCUGUCAGUCUGUGUGCUGCCAGCCCACCUGCUGCCGCCCCACCUGCUGCCGCCCCAGCUGCUGUGUGUCAAGCUGCUGCAGACCCAGCUGCUGUCAGUCUGUGUGCUGCCAGCCCACCUGUACCUGCUGUCAGCCCAGCUGCUGCCGCCCCUGCUGCCGCCCCUGCUGCUGCCUGCGUCCAGUCUGUGGUCAGGUCUGCUGCCAGAGCACUUGCUACCGCCCCACCUGUGUCAUCUCCACCUGCCCCCGCCCCAUGUGCUGUGCCAUCCCUUGCUGCUGA